AUAUGUGUUGCCAAAAAAAAAUUACCCCCCAGCUUAAAAAAAAAACAACCCACCAAAACAAACCCAACCGUUUGGAUAAAGUUUUUUUUUUUUUUUUUUUUUUUUAUGAAUAAAAAUAUAGAUAGAAACUUAAGUAGACACUAAUCAAUGAUGAAACUCAUCGUAAAAGGUUUCUUCUUAAUGUUCAUUCAUUGCAUUUAUCUUGUAUAAAAUAUGAAAUACACCAAUAUUUAGUAUUAAUAAGUAAAUUGAAACGGAUAGCGUAGUGGUAUAGUAUAAUCAUAAUAUAGAGAAUGUGUCUAUUUUUGAUCUAGUAUAUAUUCUAAAAUUAAUUUUUCUUGUACUUGUUUAUUGCUAAUAGAUUAACGGACGAAUUGACACAGAAUACUAUUUAAAAUCUAGGUAAUAAUUAUUUCUUAUUACAUAGACCGAGUACUCUCUAUUUUUCUGAUAUAUUUUCUUCAAUAAAUGUAUAAGUGUCAUUUUACCUCGAUAUUUCUUAUUUUUAUUUUUGUUUUAAUUUAUACUACAUACAUUUUGAAAAUAAUAUUUUUUAUUUCAUAAUUUAGAAAUGGGAAAAAAAAUAAAAUCAAAAAAAUAAACAUCUUCAUUUUCACCUUUAGAAAAUGUCUUUGAUUAAGUUAUUAUUCUAUUAGCAUUCUAUUGUUAAUAACAUCUGUUGAUAUAUACGAUGAUUAAAUUUAAUAUUAUUUUAAGUUGGGUUUUUUUUUUUUUUUUUUUUUUUUCUUUUUUUUUUUUGAGAAUGUUGAUAGAAAUGCGACAGAACAAGACAUACUCAGAACUUAAGCAUACGCUUUUUUUUUUCUGUUGUUGUUGUUGUUUUGAUGAUUGUUGUAUUGACAAAGAUGUAUUCGUUAAUGAUUCGAAAAACUAGACGGCAUAUAUAGAGAGAUAGAUAGAUAGAUAUUCAUGGAUACAAAUGACUGAAGAGAAAAGGAUCCUCUUAAAGUGUAGCAACAAAGAAUAUAAAAGAAGAAUGAGAGAAAGACGGAGAGAGAGAGAGAGAGAGAGAGAGAGAGAGAGAGAGAGAGAGAUCUAACAAGACAAUCAGAAACACUUAGGAGAAAAUAAAAGCAUAGAAUGAUAAUCUUUUUUUUUCUUUUACUAUUUACAAGAGAGAGAAGAGAGAGAAGUAAAAAAAAAAAUAGAUCUUCAUUUUCCAAAAAUGCUCGUUAACAUUUUUUUUUGUUUAAAUUAGCUUACUCUAUUUUAUUCAUCAUCAUCUUCAAAGGUAAAUUGCAUCUAAUAAGCUACUUGUGUUCAAAAAUAAAAAAAUAUUCAUUACAAAAUCAUCUACUUAAGAGUAAAAUUUUGUAAUACAGAGACUAACUGAUAAGCUUGAUACACGUAAUAAAAGAUCUAUGCGAUAGCAGUCUUUUCUAUUAAAAUACUGCUUUUCUAUAUUCUUGAUAUAAUCCCUAGUUUAUAGAAAAUUUUUUAAUUAUCUUAUAUAAUUUUUCCGUUAAAUAAUUUCAAUAGUGAAAGUAAUUUAUACCGAUAUUUUUUGUUUAAUCAUUUAUGUGAUAUUGUACAUACUACUUAAUCAUAUUAGUUCUAUUUGGACAUUUCAAUAGUUAGUUUAAUCGAUCUAUCCAUAGAAUAGGUCUCAAUAACUUAUUAGCAGAAUCAUUAAGUUUAUGGUCCCAAAUAUGCUAUAGAAAUGUGUUUAUCUUUAUUUGUCAAAAAAAUAACAAGGUUUCCAACUGUGAAUAUAUAAGAGUUUGAGUAUAAACUGAAUUGUUGUCGUUCUUGUUUUAAGAUGAUAUAUACAUCCUACUUGAAAUAUAUUACCCUAAAGACGUAAUAUAGACAGUGUCACACUAGUCUGUGGUAAUAAAAAUCGCAACUUGUAGAACAGAUGUGGUUAAUGAUGAAUGUGUGUAUGUUUUGUUCUUUCGUUGCUGUAAUAGUAAUCGUUUUUCUAUUGAAAAAAAGAAAAGAAAAAAAAAAAAAAAAGUCAUAAUAAUCAGUAAUUAUUAUUAUUAUUUGUUUUUUUUUGUUUUUUUUGUCUAGUCAAAACUUAGAUCUUAUUAGAGAAUUAAACGACAAAGUGGCGGAAGGACGGACAUUGGGCAAUAUAGGAAAUGUUAAUUAUUUACUUCAUGAUUAUGCAACGUCCAUUGAAUAUCUUGAAAAACGUUUGGUCAUAGCCAAGGAAUGUAACGAUGUGCCCGGUCAACGACGAGCACAUGGAAAUUUAGGAAAUGCCUAUUUGUAUUUGGACGAUUGUGAUAAAGCCUUACAUCAUUAUAGAGAAGCAUUAUUGAAUGGUGAAAUAAUGAAUGAUACAACAUUCAUAGCUCGUACCUAUUUUACAAUUGGACGAAUUUAUUUAUUAAAACAAGAUUAUGAUACUUCGAUUUAUUUUCAUGAAAAACAUUUAAAUUUAGCACGACAAUUAAAUGAUUCAGUAGGACAAUGUCGAGCUUACUUAAUUUUAAGUCAAUUAUAUCAAAAAAUUGGUCAAAAUGAGAAAGCAAAUAAAUACGAAAGUUUACAUCGAGCAUUAGCAAGAGAGAUUGGUGAAACACCAAUUCGUUCGAUAGAUGAUGAAGAAUGGCAUCGAUAUUUAAUGAGAUCUAACGAUCAAAUUCCACUACAAAAUAUGGCAAUAGAUAAACGAUUACGUUUGGAAGCAUCAACUAUGCAAACACCUGCAAAUACGCCUGUAAAAAAUUUACGUGCGGAUUCAAUAAAUAUUGUCAUGUCGGAUACUCCAAGUGAUACAAAAAGUGAUGAUCAACGUCCACUUAUUCAAAAUAAUAACAAUCAUCAUCAAUCUGAUCUUAAAUCAUUUGCUGGUACACAUUUGUCAGAUGAAAAAAAAUCUCAAAAACAAAAAAAUUCAAAUAGUUUAAGAACAGCAUUUUUUCCAAAAAAAUUACCAAUACCUUAUAGAAAAGAGUCAUUGCCAGCUGGACAUGAUGAAUUGGUUGAACUUGUUUGUCGAAUGCAAAAGACACGUUUUGAAGAUCAACGUUGUCAUUUUAAAACUAAUGAACCAGAACCAAAUACACGUGGACAUAGACCUAGUGCACAAUUAGAAGAUAUUCUUAAUACUGUGGAUCGUCUACAACAAUUACGUCUAAAUGAUCAAAGAACAACAAUGCCCUCAAAUUAUCGAAACGAUAUUGAAGAAGAGGCAGAAGAACAGCAUGAACAAGUAACUAAUAAUAUUAGUACGAUGCAUACGAAUAAACAAGAAAAGCAAAAUGGACCAGACGAACAUUUUUUAGAUAUGUUAAUCAAAUGUCAGGAUUCACGUUUUAAUGAUCAACGUGCCACUCUACCCGGAGAUCAAAAUCGUCGCUUUUCAACUCGUCCAUUAUCAUCUACAACAGUAACAACAACUAAGAAAACGUUAUCAUCUACAACAUUACCCGAUGAUGAAUUUUUUUCUCUACUCGAUCGUGUUCAAUCGAGACGUUUAAAUGAACAACGUUCAGAUUUACCAUUGGUGACAAUUUCGACUAAACGUUCAACUGUGAAACAAUAA